GUGACACUUACCUAUUUGAUGCAUAUAUCAUGCCUCCAUCGUCCUGUUAGUCCACGACAGCAACUUCCGUCUGCCUGCAAGAACUCCGACAAAAGAUGGUCACCGUCAAGCAAUUACCAUCGUUGCUGCCCGACGAGCCUAAAAGCCACCACGUCGGUGAUCCUCCGACCGGCUUCAAUAACCCCUGGCCUUCAUUCAAUCCUCAAAAUGGUGGCCCUUUAAGUCUUCUGCAGGUCCGCUUUGGGAGGGACAAGCCAGCCUUCGUGCCGGUGCCUGCGGAUCGAAAUGAACUUGUCCCUGUACGAAAGGUCGAUUUUGCAAAUCCCGAUCCGGGCUUCAAGGUAACCUGGAUUGGUCAUGCCAGUUUUUUACUGCAAACCUCGCGUCCACAGGGUGCCAGUCGAGGAAUCAAUAUCCUUUGUGAUCCGGUCUUUUCGGAGCGCACAUCGCCAGUAACUUGGUUCGGGCCGAAACGCUAUACGCCAACGCCGUGUACCCUGGACGAGCUUCUCGAGUCGGUCGAUAUUGACGUGGUGAUCAUCAGCCACAACCAUUAUGAUCACGCCGACACUGCGACAUUGAAGGCGGUUUACGCCAAGCGUCAGUCGAACGUGCCAUUCCUGGUUGGCCUGCACAAUUCACGCUGGUUGAUCUCGAAUGGAAUCGGGCAGUCAUGCAUCACCGAGCUCGACUGGUGGGAUGGAGUUGAGAUUGGUGUGGAAGAUGUGGGAAGUGUACGCAUCACUUGCACACCAACGCAGCAUUUCUCCUCGCGCAGUAUCAACGACCGAAACCAUGAUUUGUGGUGUUCGUACGCGAUUCAGGACCUGCAAGCAUAUGGCAGGAAGCUUUAUUUUUCUGGAGAUACGGCUUACCGUUCUAUCCACGCCCGAAAUCUGUCUCGCGAAGAGGAAGAUGCGCAACCGGCGUGUCCAACAUUCAAGCAGGUUGGGGAGCUAUUGGGUCCGUUCGACCUGGCAUUACUGCCGAUUGGGUUGUGCGAGCCACGGGACUUCAUGUCGAAUGUGCAUGCCAACUCGUGGGAUUCGAUACGAAUUCAUCAAGAUGUGCGGAGCAAGAAAUCAAUAGGGAUGCAUUGGGGAACAGUGCGUGGAGGACUAUCCGCUGCAUAUGAGGAUGUGAGGACGCCGCCUAGAAACUGGAAGAUUGCGGCCGAAGAGGCUGGUCUCAAAUGGGGAGAGGAAAUUGGAUUGAUGGACAUUGGGCAGACGAUCGUGAUAAGCUGAUUCUAUCUUUCUAGUGAGCCAGACCAUAUGGGUGGUCGUGUCAGCCAUCACCAAAGACUGAAUCGAAUUCGCUGAUCAAAGCAGGGCGGACAUGAUUUCCAUGCCGGGCUGCCGGAAACAUGUUUAAUCCCCGGGAACAUGCAUAAGACCUGCCAGUGGAGGCAUCUUCAGGGAUCUCCAUCUUAUACCCAUUUUAUCCCCAGCCUCGCCAUCCACAGCCACUCAUGUGUCGUGGAAACCGCCACGAUAAUGCAAGAGACUGACAACAAGAUUGUGAUUGGCGCCCAUUCAAGUGCCGGAGCAAAUGCAAGACAUGUUGCUCUAGA